CAAACAUGAAUGCAGAAAUCGAAGAUGCGGAAGAUAGGCUUAUCAAUAAACAGGCUAAAAAUAACUUAGCGAACGGCCCGACGACUCCUUACAUUGCAAACCUUAACAGCGAUGAAAAUAGCGAGGAAGAGAUCCCUCUUGAGAUAUCAGAUUAUUACAAUUCUUGGGAGGUCAGGAUAGCAGAUGACACUAUUCAGAAUGCAAACUUGAGUAUCUCUAGAAGUGAUGCCAUCAAAGGUUUCGUUCUGAUGAUAUUUGCUGUAAUAUGGACUUCAAUCAUGCACAUCUCUGUCAAAGCAGCCUUUGCCCGAAACCCAAAUCUUACGAAUUUUGAUGCCUUAUCAUUCAUUGGAUAUUCAAUCACAUCAUUUUACUUCCUGGCUGCCCGAGUCAGUGGGGUGACUUUGAAUCUUUUCAACUUUGAAAGAAGAAUAGGAAUUCUAGUGAUAGUCCGAACUCUAGCUAGCAAUCUGAUGAACAUAUUUCUUUUUGCAGGAAUGAAAUACAUCUCUGUCGGUAAAAGCACCUUAAUAUUUAAUCUGAACCCUUUAUUCUGUAUGAUUAUUGCUUUCUUUGCUCUUAGUGAGAAGAUUACACCCCUCAACAUAGCUGCAGCUUGAGGCUCUUUAGGAGGAAUCUACUUACUUACAAUAAACGAUUCAAGCGAUGAUGGCUCAGGAGGAACAGCCAUACUCGGGUACAUCUGUGUUUUCAGUAGUGCUUGGAUCUACGGGUUCAUCUUUGUCUGAGUACGUCUUCUCAAUAUCCGUGGGAUCCAUCAAUACGUACCUCCCUUUUAUAUUGGAGUAAUGGCUUUGGGAACUACAAUACUAGUACUGAUCUUUUGACCUUCAUAUAUUUACUUAAAGUAUGACUUUUGGGACACCUUCUUCUUAGGCCUGAACGGAAUUGGGGCAAUCUGAGUGCAGCUCUUCCUCACAGUGGCAUAUAAAUACGGACUCGCUUCAAGACUAGCUAUUUGUCAAUAUCUAGAGAAUGUGUUCACACUACUUGCAGAUAUCUUAAUUUUCAGCUAUGCCUUCACUUUGACAGAUAUCCUUGGCAUUAUUGUGAUAGUGAUUUGAAUCUCAAUUCCCAUUGUCGUGCACUCCAAGUAAAACUUUUGCCUGCAGAUAAACCUGAAUGAGCAAUAUUUAAUUUCAAAUCACCCACUUAA